GGUUCUACUUUUCUUCUUGUCAGAAGAGAAGACAUAGAGGAGACUACACACAAACUCUAGUUUUAAAUUGCUCAACUUUUUGUGUCAAAGUUCAGACAUCGCAUACCCUUUCUCUCCGAGUCUAACCUCACCCGCUACCAUCAUUUUCCACGCACCUUCAUCUCCUGAUUCUCCUACUCUGUUUCUCACCUUACUCUGUUUUUCUUCUGGGGCGAAAGGAUCAAAUGGGAGGUUGUGCGACGAAGCCGAAGGUCACUAAGAAUGAUGCAGAUGCGAAGGUAAAGGCACCUGAACCUGAACCUGAACAUGAAGAACUCAAGGUGGACACUACUAGUGUUGAAACCAAGCCACAACAGGAACAGGGUGAUCUCAACCUUAAUGUCAACGAAAUUGUUGAUGACGACCAAGGAAACAAAAGACGUUCGCUCAGCUUGUUAUUCAAGGAGAAUGAAGAUACAAAGAUUCCCAUAGAAAAUGAAAAAACCACAGUGGAGGAGACUGUGAAACCAGAAAGUGCAGAAGCAGAGAAAUCUUCAGAGGAUACUAAAAGCAACGAGGCAAUAGUGAAACAUGAUGAGUCUUCCAUAGCACAGGAGAAACUUUCGGUGGAAAGCAAAGACAUUGAGCCAGCAAAACAAGAAACUGCAGUGGUUGAGGUUGAUGAGAAAUUUUCUGCAGUUGAAAACCAAAGCAGUGCUAAUCCAAUUGAUGAGGAGAUUGUGAAAACAGAAACACUAGAAGCAGAGAAUAAGCCUUCAGAGGAAAAUCAAAUCAGUGAAGAACCAGCUGAGAAAAUAGUGAAACCUUCAGAAUCAGAAGCUGUGAAACACUCAGUGGAAACUCAAAUCAAUGAAAUACCAGCUGAGGAAACAACAGUGAAACCUUCAGAACCAGAAGCUGAGAAGCACUCAGAGGAAACUCAAAUCAAUGAAAUACCAGCUGAGGAAACAAUAGUGAAGCCAGAAUCAAAAGCUGAGAAACAUUCAGAGGAAACUCAAAUCAAUGAAAUACUAGCUGAGGAAACAAUAGUGAAGCCAGAAUCAGAAGCUGAGAAACAUUCAGAGGAAACUCAAAUCAAUGAAAUACCAGCUGAGGAGACAACAGUGAAACUUUCAGAAUCAGAAGCCGAGAAGCAUUCAGAGGAAACUCAAAUCAAUGAUAUACCAGCUGAGGAAACAACAGUGAAACCUUUAGAAUCAGAAGCUGAGAAACAUUCAGAGGAAACUCAAAUCAAUGAAAUACCAGCUGAGGAGACAGUGAAACCUUCAGAAUCAGAAGCUGAGAAACCUUCAGAGGUAAAUAACAAUCUAAACAUUGAGCCACUGAAAGAAGAGACCAAAAAUACAGAGGUAGUUCCUCCUCCACCAGAAGAGAAAGUAAUUGAAGUUGUUCCAACAGAUGCUGCAGAGAAGAAAACAGAGGAAGAACCAUCAAGUGUAGAAGAGAAAAGCCAAGUUGGGGUGGAGGAUUCAUCCAAGGUUGCUGCUGCUAGCAAUGAUGAGAUUCAUUAAAACUUAAAACAAACAUUUGCAGGUUGUUUCUCUGGUAAUCUGGUUCAUGGACCAUGCCAACCAAAUCACUCGUGUGAAAUUUCUUUUCCUUGUGUCCUAUACUCCUGUUCCUUUAUAUUUUUGUUUAAUUUCUUUAAUUAUUUGAAGAACUGGUUUUUGUUCUUGAGGGGGGUUACUUAUUUUUGCAUCUUGUUUUUAUAUUCCUUGUCUUUAUUGGCAGAUUAAUAUUAAGUACCAAAUGUAAAUUGUUAUUUUGUUGUGAUUUGCAAGUGGAAUUCCAAGGAACUCAAUCUUUUGAUGUUAC